GCUCGACCACAUAUAAAUCCAGGAUCCCAGUUCUCUUAUGGAGUUCCCAUUAGCAAUCUACCCAAUUCUCAACUACGACUGAGAACCUUGACCACUUAUAUCAGCACAAGAAAAUUCAGGAGCUUCUCAACAAAGACCUCAUUUACGAUGCCUCACACAAAGAACAUGGCUCAGCCAUUGCUUUGUUCAUUUACGGCACCGGACACUCCAACACACAAGACACUCUCUACUACUUCUGUCGAGAGCAGCCCUGAGAAGGACAAGGACACGCCUGACACGACACCUCCCGCCACUCCCCAUUUCGACCUUACGCUCGCCAAGCACAAUUUAGCUAGAGACGACCUCAAGAAGGUCCAUCUUCUUCUCCGGGAGAUUGCCAUGAACGGGGGAAAGAUCAUGCUGGAGGCCGAGCACUCAGUCCUGACACUCGCGCAGUUUAAGAACAACACCUCCGACUUGGUCACCGAAUUUGACAAGCAAAUCGAGGACAUGGUCGAGUCCCGUCUCCAAACCGCCUAUCCUUCCUUUGGCUUCUUAGGCGAGGAAACCUUCAAGAAGGGUACAAAGCUUCAAGAUACUCCCACUUUCGUCUGUGAUCCAAUCGAUGGAACACUCAACUUUUCGCGCGGCGUUCCCAACUGUGCCAUAUCCUUGGCGUUGACUAUUGAUAAAAAGCCUGUUGUGGGCGUCGUCUACAAUCCUUUCCGUGGAGACAUGUACCAUGCGGUCAAGGAUGAGGGUGCGUAUUUGACCAAGACUAUGACUGGUCUGCAGGUCAAGCUGCCAGUUCAACACAUCCCGCCACCCAUGCCAUCUCUCAGCACCUGCCUUAUUGCUGUGGAAUGGGGUAACCAGCGCUCUGGUCCUAACUGGGCUUUGCGUACUUCGGUGCACAACGCUCUCUUGACCAACCAGUCUGACGGCGGCGCAAUGUGCAAGUCGAUCCGCUCCAACGGCUCCGCAGCGUUGGACUUUUGUUACGUCGCACAUGGCAUGCUUGAUGUCUUCUGGGAGGGCGGCGUGUACAUCUGGGAUGUCUGUGCUGGGUGGAUCAUUCUUGAAGAGGCUGGUGGUAUCGUUGCGAGCGCCAACCCCGGGAAUUGGGAUCCGACGCUUGAGGGUAGAUUGUACUUUGCAGUUCGCCAUGCGAAGCGAGAGGAGCAAAAGGCCGUAGUUGAAGAGCUCUGGGGAAUCAUGGGCGAUCGCAAGUUUGUGUAUCCUUGA